AAACGACGGGACGCGGCGAGGGUCAAACGUCGACUUCCGCGUUGUCAGAUUAUUUUGGAGAAAUCCUCCGAAACACCGACACGCGAGUUUCUGCUUCAGAUCCUCGACACCGGAAGAGGUGAAUGAAACGUCUCCUCACUUCACUGAAGAGUUUCAGCUCAUGAGAUGUUUCACUCCUUCAUCUCUGAGCGGAUCCAACGCGUUUAGCUUCAGUUUCUCACAAGCUAACCUGUAGCCACCGCGCUAACGCUAGCUAGCUCUCUCCUGCCGUGCAGAAAGAAACUUUUCCGGCUGCGUCGGUGAACUUUGGUCGCUGAUGAGAAGCAUCCAGGAGCAUGGUGUGAUGUCAGCUGACACCCGCCCCCUGCCACUGUUGAGCUGCUGACUGUCACCUCCAUCCUCUUCAUCACCUCCAUCCUCAUCAUCAUGUCCCCGGGAGACAACCCUCACCUGCUGCUCGGCAGGAUCCGCUUCCUGAACCGCUGCAUCGAGAGCUUCCGGAGGAGCGAGCCGGUGCCGGAGUGUCUGUGCUACGUGCCCAGAGAGGUGUGCUACAAAAUCUGCAAGGACUCGUCGGCCACCUCCGGGGCCGCCUCCGGAGCAUCUGCAGGCGGAUCCGUGGUCGGUAAAACUCUGGUGCCGGUCUUCGACAGUCCACAUCAGGUCCCGCACAGCAAGAGGACGUGCAAGUACAACAUUGAGCCGAAGAAGGGGACGUGUAUCCGGACCACAGGGGAGGAGUACUGCAACAGCCAGGGCCUGUGGGUCAAACUCAGCAAGGUACAAACCUACCUGGGUACA